GUGACCGUGAGACGCCGUUAAAACCCACAUCUGUACCUUUGCUUCUCUCUUACACAUCUUCUUCUUCCUUCCAGAAAUUUCAGAUCGAAUCAAAAUUUGAAUGAGAUGGAGAUUGUGGUCAGUUCUAUUGCCACGAAGAGGGAUCUAGUCACGCUCGAUCUCCUCGGCCCCGAUCCCUCAUCUGGAGGCCUCGAUCCACGGCUCCGGAUCUCUUCCGACGGCGACUAUCUGCCUCCCCUGGACCUCAACCAGGUCCCCGAAGACGUGGGUCCGCGGCGGGAGGUGGAGGCGGGGGAGGGGGAGGAGGCGCUCCAGGGUCGGCAGAGCGUGUGCACCAUCGAGAAGGUGAAGCAGGCGCUGGAGCGGGAGACGGAGCGGCGGAAGGGAGCGGCGUCGGACGGCGGAGAGGGAUCUCUUUCGACUUCUGCUUCUCCCUCCUCCUCCUCCUCCUCCUCCUCGUCGGUCACCACGGUCUCGGCCAAGCGGUUCGCUGACCGGGGCGACGAGGGGUCGCCGCCGGACCGCGGAGACUCCGCCGCAGGCCGAGGCGGGAGCCUCGUGGUGGCUGGGUGCUCCGGAUGCCUCUCCUACGUGCUGAUCCCAAAGGGGAACCCGCGGUGCCCCCGAUGCGACGCGCGCGUCACUCCGCCGCUGACGGUGGCCUCGCCGCCGGCGCCGCUCAAGAAGAAACCACGUAUCGACCUCAAUUCGUCGCUUACCACCCUCUAGCUUUCACUUAUUACAUUCCUGACUCUAAUUUUCUCGAUCCGUUCCGUAAGAACAAAAAAAAAACAAGCAGAGCAACCUUUUUAACUCACUUCCUAUCUUUGCUGUUCCAACGAUUUCAUCUGAUUAAAGCUUGUCAAACUUCUUAAAAAAAAUAAAAACUGUUCUUCAUUAAAACA